GAGUUCUCGAUCGCGCCAUUCAAUCGGAUAAAGCUGUGUUGAGUUGCAGAAAAUCAGUCUUUGAUCGUCUGUGUUUUCCUGAUUAAAGCAGCGCUUUGUUGCUUUAGAUAGAGGUAGAGCCAUGUGCGGCGCUUUUCAGGCUGGUUCUUUUUCGAAAACCGGUUUCCCCCACUCCACACCACCACCACCACCAUUGACGACUUGACUACAAAGCCCAGAUCCAUUCCUCGGGGUCGGGCGGCCGCCAAUCCCGCCGCAUACCGCUGGCCGAGUCCUCGUCGGCGCCGGACGGGGUGAAGUGAAGGCCGACUGGGAGAAUUUUGUGGAUCUUAUCUGGUCUCCAUCAUGGAACAUGACGGCACAACGAACCUGGCUGUCACUGAGGCUGUGCGCUCGGUGCAGCUGCUCAAGAUCGACGGCUACUGCGCCACCGCUACCAUGGGGGCAUCGGAGUUCAUCAAAUUCCGAUGGCACAUCGAUGGCCACGAGUGGGAGGUCCGUUUCUAUCCUGAUUACUGGUACUUCUUCGAGGACGAGGACUGCUUCGGCACUUAUGGCGACGACGAUCACUCCGAGUGGGUAGGUCUGAAGCUCAUCCUUGUCAGUGAACCCCAGAGGGACGACGACAAGGUGAGGGUGAACCUGAGCUGCCGGCUUGUAUGCCCCAGCCCCACCAGCCAGCGGCCGCAUCUCGAUACCUGCUGGUCCGAAGAGAAGAGGGUGUCCCAUGUGUUUGCCAGCGACUCGAAAUGCUCGCCUGAACUUCUCCUCAUCCUGAAGCACGAGCUACCAUCGUCAGGUUAUCUCGUGGACGAUUCACUGACCGUGGAAUGCACGGUCACCGUGCUACGCGACUUGGACGCCGCCACGGAUAAGGCGCUGUCGUCCCUGCCAGUGCCGCCACCCUCGGACCUACACCAGCACCUCGGCGACCUCCUGCAGAGCGAGGACGGAGCGGACGUCACGUUCCGUGUCUCCGGGGAGUCCUUCGCCGCCCACAGGGCCAUACUCGCCGCAAGGUCCCCUGUUUUUAAGGCCGAGUUCUUCGGAGGCAUGGAGGAACGCAGCUCCGCUUCUGUGGAGGUCAAAGGCAUGGAGGCUGCUGUGUUCAGGUCCAUGCUUCGCUUCAUCUAUACCGACACGGCUCCAGAGCUCGACGGUGCCCAGGACCAGGAGCCUGAGGCGGCGGUGGCCAUGGCUCAGCACCUACUGGUAGCUGCUGACAGGUAUGGGCUGAACAGACUGAAGCUCAUGUGCGAAUGCAAGCUCUCUGGCGGCAUCGACAUCGGCACAGCGGCCGCGACGUUGGCUCUCGCCGAGCAGCACAACUGCUCGCUGCUCAAAGCCAAGUGCCUUGAGUUCGUCACCAGGUCGCCUGAGACUCUCGAUGCUAUCCUGGCGACUGACGGCUACGAGCAUCUGGUGGCAAGCUGCCCCUCGGUGCUGGCUGAACUGCUGAGGGCUGCGCGUGGAAGGAAGAUCUGAGCUGGACGAUGAUUUCAUAUUAUGGUUUGCCUAAGAUGUGUGUGAACUAAAAACCAUGCAUGAUGAACUAGUAGUGCUUGCAGUUGAUUUCCUGCCCCUCCUUUCAGUUUGACCUGCGCUUGUCAUACAUGUAUUGUAUGCACAUACACGAGACGGGCAGCUAGCAUUUUCUGUGGU